AUGCCGGCCGUUGGAGAUCAACACAAGCAGAAUAACAGCCAUAGCGCGAACCCUUUCGAAGAGCAGAAGCCACGGAUCUCAGAAUACACAGCACAAGAGAUUGCCACAUUACAGAGCCGACUGAACAAGCAAUUAGGUCCGGAAUAUAUAUCAGCACGCGCCGGCCCCGGUGGCUCCAGAGUCCAUUACCUUGCUGCCGACAAGGCCAUUAGUCUCGCAAAUCAAGUGUUCGGGUUCAAUGGCUGGAGCAGUUCAAUCCAAAACAUCCAGAUCGAUUUCGUGGACGAAAACCCUCAGACAGGGAAAAUCACCCUUGGGCUGUCGGUCAUCGUGCGAGUCACCUUGAAAGAUGGCACUCAUCAUGAAGACAUCGGCUAUGGGCAGAUUGAGAAUUGCAAGGGCAAGGCCGCUGCUUUCGAAAAAGCCAAAAAAGAGGGAACUACAGACGCGUUGAAGCGAGCGCUGAGGAAUUUUGGCAACGUGUUGGGAAAUUGUGUUUACGACAAAACAUACCUCGCCCAAGUCACGAAGAUGAAGGUUGGAGCGCCGAAGUGGGAUCCAAAUACGCUGUAUCGCCACUCGGACUUCGCCAUCAAGAAGGAAGAGGAAGAGACUAAGCCAAGUCUUCCCGCUCCGGUGCAAGGGUCUGCUGCUGAAUUUGACGAUACCUUUGACGUGGAGGAUUUUGAGGUGGCAGACUUCGAUGGGAUUGAUGUCGAACAUCCGGACGAGGUGGCGUUGCCCGCAGAGCCAGCAGGUGCAAAACCAGGACCAGCUAAUGCCGCUCCAGACCGGAGGCCGCCGCCAUCCAAACAAGAUUUAAAUACACCAUCCAAAGCACCUCUAGUGCAUGGGCCGCCGUCACGAGCCGUGCCACCGAGACCAGCUCAGGUCGCUGGUUCCUCCAAUAUCAUACCCCAGCCCUUGCCUGGACAACGCCCUUCAGCGGCAACGGGACCAUCCAACAAGCCGAUGCUGGGAACAGAACAGCGGGCUAAUCAGAAUGACAUCUCGCGGUCCUCCUCUCCCACCAUGCCUGCACAGCAUUUCGCCAAUCAAGCCAACGGGCAAGGCUUUUCUGCAGCGGCAAAUGCUCAUCGUACUGCCGGCUUUUACUCUGCCAAGGCUGCUGGCAUUAUAGACGAGAACAAUAACGUCGUUGCCGCCGUUCCAGCCGCGGUGCCCAAAUUCAAUCCUCACGCUGAGAGCCCAUCGAUACGCAAGACUUCCGGCGUGAACCACAACAAAUCCAUUCCGUUGAAACGUGAUCUCACCCCGGACACCACUACGUUGGCAACGAACAUCAUCAACCCGCAGGCUGAUCUAAGUAGGAGGGUCGGUGCGCCAGGUGCCACCGCUCCACUGGCAGUAGCAAGAGGACCAAGUACUUCCGCAUACAGACCGCCCACGAGGCGUGGACCAGAACCAAUCAGUGGUCCACUCCAAAACUCGGUAGAGACGGGCAGCGGAGAUCGCGCACAGCAGACGGCGAGAAGAGCACCACUUGGUGAUAUGAGCAAUCUCCAGCAUACCGCGACGGCCAUUACAACAGAUGGGGUUGACGCAAAAAGACAGAAGGUCAUGGACCCGGGGCAAAAUGCAAUACAUGAAAGGACGAGCAAUGAUCUUGGUGAUGAAUGA